UGUUCUACAAACUUCCUUAUACAGUGCAAAACAAUACCUGUCCAUUCUUCAUUUCGACCUACCGCUACCGCCAUCGGUUUUCGGCCGUUGUUUUCAUCGGAGAAACCAUAUUUUUGCCGUUAUAUUUAACGGUCAAUUCUAUAGAGAAACUUACUCUACGGUUUCUCCGAUUACAGCCAACGUUGUUGUUCACGUUCCACUUCUAAUUAAUUUUAUUUUACAUUCAGUUUAUAAAAUAAAAUUUAAACUGAAUGGCGGAUGAUAUUUCAGAUACAGUGGUUUAUCUUCAUGGUGAUCUGGAUUUAAAAAUAAUUGAAGCUCGGGAAUUGCCAAAUAUGGAUUUGGUCUCAGCGCGACUUACCCGAUGCUUCACAGCAUUUGACACUUUUCGAAAACCAUUCUCUAAAGGUGUAAAACACAAAUCUCACCGUACAAUAAUCACCAGUGAUCCAUACGUCACCGUUUGCUUGGGCGGCGCUACGGUGGCGCGCACUCGCGUAAUUUCAAAUUCACAAAGCCCUGUCUGGAACGAGCACUUUAAAAUCCCGUUGGCUCACCCGGUGUCUCACAUCGAGUUCUACGUGAAAGACAACGACGUGUUUGGCGCUGACUUAAUUGGAAUCGCAACUGUUCCGGCUCUGAAUAUCAAAUCUGGAGAAUCAAUAAGUGAUUGGUUCCCAAUAUUAAGUGUAUAUGGCAAACCGCCAAAGCCUGACUCAGCAGUUCUUAUGGAAAUGAGAUUCACACCAUGUGAAGAUAACCCAUUAUACCGUUACGGAAUCGCGGCAAAUCCUGACCGUUUUGAAGUAAAGAACUGUUAUUUCCCGGUACGACAAGGUGGGACAGUUACGCUGUACCAGGACGCGCACGUGCCGAAAUCGAUGCUACCGGAGAUUGAAUUGGAUAACGGGAAUGUCUAUAGGCAACAGGGUUGCUGGGAAGAUAUAUGUCACGCGAUUUUAGAGGCGCACCAUUUGGUUUACAUACUGGGUUGGUCAGUUUUUGAUAAAGUGAAGCUGGUUAGAGAACCCACGAGGCCAUUACCUAAUGGUGGAGAUUUGAAUUUGGGGGAUUUGCUCAAGUAUAAAUCUGAAGAAGGAGUCAGAGUUUUGUUGUUGGUUUGGGAUGAUAAGACUUCGCAUAACAAAUUCUUCAUUAAAACGAGAGGAGUAAUGCAGACUCAUGAUGAAGAAACUCGGAAGUUUUUCAAGCACUCUUCUGUUCAUUGUGUGCUGUCACCCCGUUAUGCUAGCAGUAAGCUUAGCGUUUUCAAGCAACAGGUCGUUGGAACCCUCUUCACGCAUCAUCAGAAAUGUGUGAUUGUGGAUACUCAAGCACCUGGAAAUAACCGGAAGAUAAAUGCUUUUUUAGGUGGACUUGACCUUUGCGAUGGACGCUAUGAUACACCUGAACAUCGACUAUUUCGGGAUCUUGACACAGUAUUUCAAAGUGAUUAUCACAAUCCGACAUUUUCUGUAGGAACCAAGGGUCCAAGAGAACCAUGGCAUGAUUUGCAUUGCAAAAUUGAAGGUCCUGCUGCAUACGAUGUGCUUACUAACUUUGAGCAGCGUUGGAGAAAAGCCACAAAAUGGUCAGAAUUUGGACAACGGUUCAAAAGGGUAACUCGUUGGCAUGAUGAUGCUCUAAUAAAGUUAGAACGCAUCUCUUGGAUACUUAGUCCUUCUGCAUUGAUAACUAAGGAUGAUCCUAUAUUAUGUGUUUCCAAGGAGGAAGAUCCUGAAAAUUGGCAUGUUCAGGUUUUUCGAUCUAUAGAUUCUGGAUCUGUGAAAGGAUUUCCGAAAGAUGUUUUUCAAGCUGAAGCUCAGAAUCUUGUUUGUGCCAAAAAUUUGGUGAUAGACCAGAGCAUUCAAAAAGCAUAUAUUCAGGCAAUUAGAUCUGCACAACACUUUAUAUAUAUUGAGAACCAAUAUUUCCUUGGAUCAUCAUACGGGUGGCCUUCUUACAAAGAUGCAGAUGCUGAUAAUCUGAUCCCAAUGGAGUUGGCAUUGAAGAUUGCUAGUAAGAUCAGAGCAAAAGAGAGAUUUGCAGUUUAUGUUGUCAUACCGAUGUGGCCCGAGGGUGUCCCUUCUUCUGCCUCCGUCCAAGCAAUUCUCUUUUGGCAGGGACAGACCAGGCAAAUGAUGUAUGGAAUCAUAGCAAAAGAGUUGAAGUCCAUGGAUAUGGUGGAUGCACAUCCACAAGACUACCUAAACUUUUACUGUCUUGGUAAUCGAGAAGAAAUUCCCAAAGAAGGGUCUGAUUCAAGUAACCGUACAGCCACCAGUGGAGAGUCGGUUUCAGCCUCACAGAAAUUUCAACGCUUCAUGAUUUAUGUGCAUGCCAAGGGAAUGAUUGUUGAUGAUGAGUAUGUAAUUUUGGGAUCUGCCAAUAUUAAUCAGCGAUCUAUGGCUGGUUCCAGAGACACUGAGAUAGCCAUAGGGGCCUAUCAACCCCAUCACACAUGGGGUAAGAAGAAGGAACAUCCGCGCGGUCAGAUUUAUGGAUACAGAAUGUCACUGUGGGCAGAACACUUGGGGAUGGUCGAUUGUCGCUUCAGGGAACCAGAAAGUUUGGAUUGUGUGAAGUUUGUGAACAAGAUUGCCGAAGAUAACUGGAAGAGUUUCACGGAAGAGGCUUUUACGCUAUUGCAGGGUCACCUUCUCAAAUAUCCAGUGGAGGUAAAUAGCGAUGGCAAAGAAAGCCCUUUGCCUGGAUUUGAAACAUUCCCAGAUGUUGGUGGUAAGGUGCUUGGAGCACGUACAAAUCUUCCUGAUGCACUAACUACAUAAACGCCUUUAAUUUUCAUACUCACAAAUCAACUUGACCCAAAAGGUGGGGCAAGGUAUAUGUGAACAUAUAGUUCUCUUGUACAAUCUAAUUUAUGAUACAUUAAAAGGUGAUUCACUUCGUAAUGUAAUUGUACAGUCAUCCCACCUCCGUUAUGUAUAUGGAGGGAACGGAAUGAAAGAGAGAGCUAACUUGAAAUUCAAUUUGUAAAAGAGGCAAUAAAAGUUGGAAGUACUUCUGAGUUCUGGCAAUUGAAGUUCAGGAAAUAAUGAAACUUGUCAUUUAAACUUUUGAGAGGU